AUGAAGAGGAAAAGCCAAAAUAGGAUUGGGAAGAAGGAGAGGAGAAAGAUGAAGGGCGCGCUUUGUAACAGCACCACCAGACAGUUGCAGCUUCAGCUUGGUCAAGUCUCACUCAUUCCUCUCCAUCCUAAAUCUUCUACUUCUUCAGCCGUUUCACGCUUCCAGAACCUUCUCGAUGCCAAACCCAAUGACGCCUCUUCCUCUCGCGUUACGGUUCCCGACGACGCUGCCACCGUCGACGCUGACAGAGAUUUCAUUCUCAGUCAGGACUUCUUUUGCACCCCGGAUUACAUAACCCCAGAUAAUCAGAAUAUUUUGAAUGGCUUCAAUUGCAACAUGGAAAAUACCCCUUGCCCCAAAUCACCGGAGAAGCUGAACACUACGAAAAGCAAGAGAUGCCGUCUGGAUGCUAUCUCAGUAAACCCUCUCAGCCCUACCUUUUCUAGUGACCAUCAACAAAUUGUGGAACUUGGAAAGGAGACUAUUGCUGAGGAAGUAGCUGUUGAGAAAACAAUAUCAGCUGGUAAACUAAAGGCACAAAAUUAUAUUUCACAUUCAGCAGUUGCAUUGCGUUGUAGGGUUAUGCCUCCUCCUUGCAUUAGGAACCCCUAUUUGAAAGACGUUUCAGAAAAGGAGGCAGAUCCCUUUGGAAACCAAAGAUCAAAAUGUGCAGGCCUUUUUCCUGCAUUUACUGGUGGUGAUGGGCUUUCACGCUAUCGCACUGACUUUCACGAGAUUGAGCAAAUUGGUCAAGGGAACUUUAGUAGAGUUUUCAAAGUAUUAAAACGGAUAGAUGGUUGCUUGUAUGCUGUGAAACACAGCACCAGACAGUUAUGCCAGGAAACAGAAAGGAGAAAAGCUUUGAUGGAAGUUCAAGCUUUGGCAGCCUUAGGUUCCCAUGAGAACAUUGUGGGGUACUAUUCUUCAUGGUUUGAAAAUGAACAGCUGUACAUUCAGAUGGAGCUAUGUGAUCACAGCUUAUCCAUAAAAAACUGCUCUACAUUAUUUUCGGAAGUACUAGUGUUAGAAGCUUUAUAUCAGGUUGCCAAUGCACUGCGAUUUAUACACGAGAAGGGAAUAGCUCAUCUAGAUGUUAAACCUGAUAAUAUCUAUGUCAAGAAUGGUGUUUAUAAGCUUGGUGAUUUUGGAUGUGCAACUCUUCUUGAUAGUAGCCUGCCAAUUGAGGAGGGCGACGCCCGUUAUAUGCCACAGGAAAUCCUUAAUGAGAAUUACGAUCACCUUGAUAAGGUUGAUAUUUUCUCCUUGGGAGCCUCUAUUUAUGAACUCAUUCGCAGAUUGCCUUUGUCAGAAUCUGGAUGUCAAUUUUUUAAUCUUAAAGAGGGCAAGUUGCCACUCCUGCCUGGUCAUUCAAUGCAAUUGCAAAACUUGCUCAAGGUCAUGAUAGACCCUGAUCCGGUUAAGCGGCCUUCUGCUAAAGAAUUAGUAGAGAACCCAAUUUUUGGCAGAGCCCAAAGAACAGCCAAAAUGUGA